UGAGGACGGCGGUGGUGAGCCCUUAGUGUUGUCUGGAUGAAAUGAUGGAAUAAGGCAAUGCGUGAAUUUGAUCGUCCAGAGAUCCGACGAGUUGAGUCUGUGAAUGGCGCCAAAACAGGACCCUAAACCUAAAUUUCAAGAAGGUGAGAGAGUCCUGUGUUUUCAUGGGCCAUUACUCUAUGAGGCAAAGUGUGUAAAGAUCAACAUAAAGGACAAGCAGAUAAAGUACUUCAUUCAUUACAGCGGAUGGAACAAAAACUGGGAUGAAUGGGUUCCUGAAAGCAGAGUUCUUAAAUAUGUGGACAUCAAUCUUGCGAAACAAAAAGAGCUUCAAAAGGCCAAUCAGGAUCAUUAUGUUGAGGGAAAGAUGAGGGGUGUAGCACCAAAUAAGAAGAUUGCUGCCGUGCAGCAGAAAAAUGUUGAUCUGAAAACGAAAAAGACGAAACAGAAGACCCCAGGGGUCGGUGAAGGUACUAGCACUGGAGAGAUGCCCCAGGGACCAAGGAAGAAGAGGGCUCGUGUUGAUCCCACUGUGGAAAGUGAGGAAGUCUUCACCAACCGUGUGGAGGUGAAGGUGAAGAUCCCUGAGGAGCUCAAACCUUGGCUGGUGGAUGACUGGGACCUCAUCACUCGACAGAAACAGUUGUUUCACCUACCAGCGAAGAAGAAUGUUGAGACUGUCUUGGAGGACUAUGCAAACUAUAAAAAAUCAAAGGGAAACUCGGACAACAAGGAGUAUGCAGUGAGUGAAGUUGUGGCAGGGAUUAGGGAAUAUUUUAACGUCAUGCUGGGCACCCAGCUGCUCUACAAGUUUGAGAGGCCUCAGUAUGCUGAGAUCCUGGCUGAGCACCCUGACACACCCAUGUCCCACAUCUAUGGAGCACCCCACUUGCUUCGCCUUUUUGUUCGCAUUGGAGCCAUGCUGGCCUACACUCCCCUCGAUGAGAAGAGUCUGGCUCUGCUGCUCAAUUACCUCCAGGAUUUCUUAAAGUAUCUGGUGAAGAAUUUGUCCACCCUCUUCAGUGCCAGUGACUAUGAAGUUGCACCCCCGGAGUACCACCGAAAGGCUGUUUGAGAGUUCUGACAUGGUGCUCAUCUGAAGGCACAUACAACUUUUUCCCCAGACCACAUGUACAUCAACCAUUACAACCUGUUUGAGUGGAGGGAUGGACUCAUAUUUUUCAGUUGAACUCAUCCGCCUCCUCCACCAAGGUCUCAGGAACUAGCCACAGUUCCAAGAACGGACACCCAAUUCAUUUGAGUCAGAUCUUAGUAGCUUUUAAUCUAUCAACACACACGUACCCUGUUGUCUGUUCUUCUUUAAUAUUCCAGUCAUUGGACAUGGAUAGGACAAUUGUGUUUUUACAAGCAGCUGUUUGGUGUUGUGGUGCAUUCCAUCUGACUGUGUACAUUUGUUACUGUUAUUGUUGCAUGUGUUUGUUUAUAAAUGUCUGGUGCUUUAACACAAGGUGCAAUUUUUAUACUCCACCAUAAGAUGUGGUUUGUAAUCGAGUCUUUUUGGACCCCUAUUAUGUGUUAUUUGUAGCUCAUCAGUUUCUAAUAAAUAUGUUUCUACAC